GGCUUAUUAUUAUACAACACAGUUCCGCAAAUCUAGUCUGUUUGUGUUUUGACGGUGUUUUGCGAAGAGCUCAGACAAGCACACAAGUCCAGACCCAAGGAGACAAUCAGCGUUCAACUCUUCGGAUAAAGAAACAAACAAAAUGGCAUCGGACUCUCCACGCAGACCAAGUCGCUGUGCUGGAGGGGUUAUGGUGCGAGCACAAGCUGCUACGGAGCAGUCUUACAUGGAAAGUGUUGUGACCUUCCUGCAGGAUGUGGUCCCUCAGGCGUAUACUGGUGCUCCACCUACUGAUGAAAAAGAGAAAAUCAUUUGGGUUCGAUUUGAGAAAGCCGAUAUCAAUGACACGGCCCGCAACCCAGAGUUUAUGGAGAUGCACAGUGGCACCACGGACCCUCCCCUCUGCCUCAUGAUUGGCUACACUGAUGGGAUGCAGAUCUGGAGCGUAUCUCUGGCAGGGGAAGCCCAAGAGCUGUUCUCGGUGCGUCAUGGUCCAGUGCGAGCUGCUCGCAUUCUGCCAGCCCCACAUAUCAGUCCUCAAAAGAUGGAUAGUUUUGCUGACAAGAGGCCUUUGCUUGGGGUCUGCAAGAGCACCGGGUCGUCUGGGACAAGCCCUCCCUACUGUUGUGCUGACCUAUAUUCUCUGCGGACUGGGGAGAUGGUUAAAUCAAUUCAGUUCAAGACACCCAUCUACGAUCUACACUGCAACAAACAUAUUCUUGUUGUGAGCCUACAAGAGAAGAUUGCAGCAUUUGACAGCUGCACCUUCACCAAGAAGUUCUUUGUUACAAGCUGCUAUCCCUGCCCCGGCCCCAGCCUCAAUCCAAUAGCUCUGGGAAGCCGCUGGCUUGCCUACGCUGAGAACAAGUUGAUCAGAUGUCACCAGUCUCGUGGGGGAGCUUGUGGUGACAAUGCACAGUCCUAUACGGCCACAGUGAUCAAUGCUGCCAAAACUUUAAAAACAGGCCUCACAAUGGUGGGUAAAGUUGUUACACAGCUGGCAGGCACCCUACCAGCAGGCACCCCAGAUGAGGAGGGCACACCUCACAGUGCAAGCCGCCGAAGCCCCCACAACCCCGGCGUGGUUACCAUCAUCGACACACACAGUGUUGGAGAAGGACAGGUCUUGGUGAGUGAGGACUCGGAUGGAGAGGGAGUAGUGGCUCACUUCCCAGCUCAUGACAAACCCAUCUCCUGCAUGCAAUUCAACCUCAGUGGAAUGCUGCUGGUUACCUCCGACACCCUGGGCCAUGAUUUUCACGUGUUCCAGAUCCUCACCCACCCAUGGGCGUCAUCACAGAGUGCUGUUCAUCAUCUGUAUACCCUCCAUCGUGGGGAAACUGAAGCCAAGGUCCAAGACAUGUGUUUUAGCCAGGACAGUCGCUGGGUAGCCAUCAGUACUCUACGUGGCACCACCCAUGUGUUUCCCAUCAACCCCUACGGUGGUGCACCCUGCGCCCGCACGCACAUGUCCCCACGGGUUGUCAACCGAAUGUCUCGCUUCCAAAAGAGCGCUGGCCUGGAGGAGAUCGAACAGGAGCUGAACAGAGCGGCUGCCUUAGGAGGAGGAGCAGGAGGCAUAGCAGGAAGUGGUUGCAUUCUGGGUGGUGGAGGAGGCAUCGGAGGCCGCUGUAGCCCCAUACCAGGCCUCUCCAGUAGCCCCUCAGGUUCUCCACUGCACGCCAAGCUGAGCUGCCAGGAUUCGUACAACAACUUCACCAACAACAACAUGGGGAACCCGCGGCUCACUCCACUGCCCAGCCUCACUGUGGUGCUGCCUCUGGCUCAGAUCAAACAGCCCAUGACCCUGGGGACCAUCACCAAACGCACCGGACCCUACCUCUUUGGGGCGGGAUGUUUUGCCAUUAAAACUCCAUGCAAAGCCAAGCCACCUCCUCAGAUCUCGCCAAGCAAAUCCAGUGGAGGAGAAUUCUGCGUGGCCACCAUCUUUGCCUCAUCUCGCUCCUGGUUCAUCACUAACCCCAACAUGAAACGAGAGAAAGAUCAGUCCAGGCAGUCAGUUGUCGACUCACUGUACAUCAUUAGUUGCUACGGUAACUUGGUGGAGCAUGUCCUUGAGCCUCGACCAAUAAGCACUGCUCAAAAGAUUAGUGACGAUACACCUUUAGAACUGAACACCUGUCCAAGGGCCUGCUGGACUCUGGCCAGGACUCCACAGUGGAAUGAGCUGCAGCCGCCCUUCAACUCCAAUCAUCCUCUUGUGUUGGCCUCAGACCUGGUGCAAUACUAUCAGUAUCUCCUGGCAGCGAUGCCCCCAGGAAGUCCAGGUCCAAUAACACGUCAUGAGUCAUCUGACAGCCUGGCAUCAGACCACAGUGGCCAGGAGGACGAGGAGUGGCUUUCUCAGGUGGAAAUUGUGACCCACACAGGACCACACCGGCGCCUAUGGAUGGGCCCGCAGUUUCAGUUCAAGACCAUUCACCCUUCAGGCCAGACCACAGUCAUUUCCUCCUCGUCCUCAGUGCUUCAGUCCCAGGGCCCUACAGAUGUCCAGCAGCCCCUCUUGGACUUUGAUACGGAUGACCUGGAUCUACACAGCCUCAGGAUCCAGCCUGUACGUUCAGAGCCGGUUAGCAUGCCUGGUUCAUCACGGCUGGUGGCUGAUCGACGAGGACAGUCCAACAUCAUGGACGCAGGAUCAGGUUAUUCCUAAAAAAAGAAGCUCCUCGCUCUGCCAGUUACCAUUUCAAUUGAUUUUUUUUGCUUUUUUUUCCCUCACAAGCAUGCAUCAUUUUCAUUGGCCAUUCAUCCAUCCAUCCAUCCAUUCAUCUAUCCAUCCAUCCACCCUUCCCUCUCUCCUUCACUACCCAAUCAUUGUUUUAUCAUUGGUGUGUGAGAGAAGAGGACAGGCGGGAGGAGGAGGAUGAGGAGGAGGAGAAAGAGGAAGAGAGGAAGAUGGCCAGCUUUCUACUUGUCUGUCUCUCAGUUUGACUGUCUGUAUAUUUCUGUCCAGGUAUGGCCUCACAGAUUGUCGCCAUCCUGAGCUCAAGCCCAGUUGAUAAAUGAAAAUCCUUAGAGGAGCACAUUUUCAAUGCACAAUGAAAUCCUGAUGAAACGAUUUAAUGGCAACACAUCAACUGUUAGAAUCAUGUAAUUAAAUAGUGACAGAGUUUUGUAUAUAACACUCAACAUAUUAGUUACAACAGUCAUUUACCAAGGCCACAUCACUAUUUUUCAACCUUGUUAAUGUCUUUAGGGUGCCUUCCUCAAGGUCCCUCAUCACUGACUUUGACAGAGGGGUGAUUGUUUAAUAGUAAACCAGUCACACAGCUCCAUCAUGUUGCCAGCCUACAGGUGUCUUUGAUAGCCCUGAGACAGACACUUGAACUUCCAAGCUUUGCAGUCAUGCUCACUGACAUGUACAUUAAAACCAAACAUUGUCAUGCAUUAGAAGGAAAAUCAGAUAGUUUCGUAGGUAGUUGUUGAAUCAGACUAGACCACACUAGACCUUUCUGCUUGCAGGCCAAAAAACACUGUAUACAGAGUGCCAGAGGCUACAGACAUUCAGAAAAGAUUUAGAAAGCAUGCUGCCUGGUGAGCAGAGUAAAGUAUCAUACCUUAUAAUGGUAGUAUUUGGCAUUUUUGUUGUUUUGAAGCUGAAAAAGAAGUUAGAAGAAUUACGAACCUCUUUGUAUUUCCCACUCCGCUAGCGAUGUACCGCUAAAGAGAUAUGCAUCUUGUAACUCAUCAAGUUUACAUUUGAACCAGUCAAAAGUGAAAAUAUAAGAGACAAAUAUAUUCAUUCCAAACGUUAGCCUGAAAUGGAAACUAAUGGUAAAUGGCCAUUGUUUUAAACUUGAUUAAAAGGUGGUGCAGCAAAAACUGAGUUUGAAUGUUUCUGAGACUCUGACAACCAAAGUUAAACCACAUUCAAACUCAGGCAGAACAAAUGUCCAGCCUGCUUUUUAGACAUUUAGUCUAACAUUAACUAAACCUGUUGACCCUGCCUGCAUGUACUGAGUUACAACCGCCUGAUUCAGUGUUUGAAGAAUUUAUUGGUUACCAUUAACAAACAGCAACUUAAUUAAGUCACCACAGAGUUUGUAUAUUAUCAUAUUUCAUUUAAACUCUGAGAAAGGUCAUUGAAUAGGUCAUUGCAACUGCUAUGGUAAGAAAAAAUAUGAUCUGACUUCAGUACAUGAGCUAAAUAAUUUCACCUUUUUAUAUUACGGUAUGUAUAUAAAAUUAACACCAACACAUACUAGAGGAAAGAAAAAUGUACCUAACAUUUGAGAAGAUUAUACAUUGUAUGGUGGAAAUAUGCAUGUAUGUUAUUAUUUGUCCAGCAAAAUGUAACAUCAUGAAGUCAUUAGGCUCCUGGAGCUAAAAUUAAUACCUCAUAAGAAGCAGUUACACAGUCCCUCCAGCCUUCAGUUGGCAACAGAAGCUGAGGCAAAGGGCACUGGGCUCAGCUGUCUCUUGUGUCGUGGUCGUGGUACAGUUUUUCUAUGGAGCAACUCGCACAAACACAUACUCAACACACACUCAGCAGCAUUUGCCCUUUAGGCAGAGAAUAAAGCACGUAUUAUACAUCCAGCUCAGGAUGAGAUGGAAAGAAGGAUCACAGAAUGAGGGAGGAAGUGCAGAAGUGCACUUGUGUCUGCAGAGGAGCAGGCUGUGUAGGGCUCCUCCAGUGUUUCCCUCUAGUCCUCUUUAAAUGGCCCAUGUUAAUAUGCAUACAGUACCACUUUAAAGACAGGCAUAUCAAAGUUUUUACGUAAACUGUCCCAUUGGAGAGCUUCCCUAUCAAGUGAUAAAAAUGGAAAGUGCUUAAAUAUCAAUGUUCUCUCAGUAGAUUGUCUGGUCUGAGGCCUCAUGAUCAUGUCUGUCUUCCCAUGUACUUUGUUAAGUGAUGGAGCUACAUAGGGCCUGCAUUGACAGAUCAUUAACAUCAUUAUCAGUGUAUUUGACCUUGAGGAAACAAACAAUGGUAUUAGAGAAAUAUCUCUGGUAAUACAUUAUUAUUAUUAUUAAAGAUGGAUUUAAGAAAACACUUUGAAUAAUUGUGUAAUUGAAUUUUUUCCAUAAAAUAACCUAGCAUAGAUUAUAUAUAAAUGACAGACAGGCCAUUGGAUGUCACAGGUUGCUUGGUGCAAUUCCGUUUUGAAGCCCUUAAUUUUGGAAUUAGUUUGUUACCAUCUUGCUGUUUUGAAACGUGACGACCAAGUGGUGACUCUGAUCGAGAAUUCAAGCACACUACACAAGAUACAGUAGCAACCUGUCUAACCUGCUUUAUUGGCUAUUGUACUCUAAAUAGAACUAUAAUUUACUAAAUGAAUGUCAUAUUGUACUGAAGGAGACGUGAAACUAGUGACUGAGACCAUAAACUCGUUGUGAAAAUAUUUACUGAGGUAAUGGAUCAAGGGAAACUAACAUCAUUUGUCCUGUACUUAUAGGUACACUUUUAUACAAUCUGACUUUCUUCUGCAACCAGUAGAGUCGCCCUCUGCUGGUUUUUAAUAAGAAUGCUAUCGUAAGUCAUAUAUGUAUUGAUUUCACUUUUCUAACUCGAAGAUUAUGUCCAUCUUUCAGAAAUUGUCUGUGUUACUUAAUUAGAUAAUUGUUGAAACAACACACCUCCUACUUAACUGAAAAAUCUAGAAUAUGGAAAUAUUUUCAUUCUGUAAAGUUUUAUUACCUGACACAAGAUGUCCAUCAUGUACAUCAUGGAAUGUCCAUUCCCAGUGCAGUGCAUGUUUUAAGUGUCCACUCAUAUCAGAGAGGUGCCCACUUGAUCCUCAGACAAGUUGUGAUGUGACAAGUCCUACUCACCUGGAACUCCGAGUUUAGGUUCAGUGAAACAUUUUUGUUUCACCAGAUAACUUUGAAAACAGUCUUCUAGUGUCAAAAUUAACACGUACAUCAUUCAAUACAGUGAAAUUCAACUCUCUAACACAGCCCCGUUUCCUAAAAAUGACGGUUCUAUGUGACUACUUUGCAUAUUCAUUCAUAUUGUGAGAGAAACAUAAUUGUGUUUUCAAACAAACAUAUUUAUCACUUGGAACAUAGCGAGAAAGUCCUUUGUUUGACAGCCGUAAAAUCUGCCUCAGCAGGUUCGAGAGGAAGAUAGAGGUUCAUUUUACCCAGGAGAGUUUGUGUCCUGUAGGGGACCAUUAUUCACUGAUUGCUUCCGGUUUUCCUUUUAGACUUCAUUCAGUUAGGCACCGAAACUGGAUGAUUCUUUUUAGAAGAAUGUCAUGGUUUGGGUUAAAAUAUCCAUCCAUUAUCUAUACAUCACUUAAUGCUCAUUGGGGUCGUGGGGGAGUCUGUCCCAGCUGACUUAGAGUGAAGUCAGGAGACACCUGGACAGGUAACAGUCUAUCACAGGACUACACAUGGAGACAAACAAUCACACUCACAUUCACACAUAUGGACAAUUUAGUAUCAUCAAUUAACCUCAGCAUAUUUUUGGACUGUGGGAGAAACCUGGAGAACCUGGAGAAAACCCACACAUGCACAGGGAGAACAUGCAAACUGUAGGCCGGGCCGCAGAUCGGAGAUCUUUUAGCUGCAAGGCAACGGUGCUAACCACUGAGCAACCGUGCAGGCCCGGGUUAAAGUAUGACUGUUAAAAAGAUGUUUGAAGUUUCUCCACCGUUUCCUAGGUUUAUCUGAGUGAUUAGUUCAGGCCUACCCAAUAUAUGACUGGCGAGUUGUUGAAUGUGAUUUAGUUGUGUUAGGAUGUACUUUUGCUAAACCUGGCUGGAGGAGGAGCUUUAACAUAAAUGUAUGCCAUGUUUGGGGUAUGUAUCGCUGGGAUAGACAUUUACAUUGACUGUGUAACUUGUCAUCUCAUUACUAUGGCUACACACCCUCAACGUUUCAAACCUCAGCCUUUUUUUUUUGUAUGAGAAUCAGUUUCAUUCAAAAUGAAUGAAUAUGUAGGCAUGGAGUCAACUACAGUGUUCCUCAGCAUAGACUAAACCAUGGAAUGGGGCACAUAGAUGAUUAAUAUCUGUAGGCUAACUAACUGGACAACUUCCAUCACUGUUCACCUCUGUUUUCUGAUGUUGUUGUACAUCUUUGUAAACUAAAAUGAAUACAUUAGAUCUCCUCAGUGGUGUGUGCUGAGGUCUGCUCUCACAGUUUAUAGUAACUACUAAAUGUAUCCUGUCUGUAAUAACCAGUUAAAGCUGUAUUUUUGUGUCUAUGUACAAAAGCUAAUUUCACAUGUAAAUAAUCUGCAUUCCAUUUUUUUGGUUUCCUGUGAAAGUUCGCAUUACACAGUGCCAUUAAACUGUACAUGUUUUACCUUAA